GUCGUCUGUAUAAAUACACCUCCCACAGCCCGCAUUUUUUCUUCACCAAGCACAUCAAGCAGCAUUGUGCUCACAUCACUUCUGAUAUCUUUCACAUCCCAAACUGAUAACAAUGGAGCCUGGAGGAGUGAUUGCAGAGGCCGGCUGGAGCUCACUCGACUUGCCGUCGCAAGCCGAGGAGUCGGAGAUAAUGCAGCAGCUGCUUGGUACCUUCCCCUCCAAUGGUGAGGAAGAUCACCAAGAGCUGCCCUGGUCUAUUCAGUCUUCCAGUGCAUGCUAUUUUCUUUGCAAUGCUAGUUCUAGUACAUAUAGCUCCACUAGCAGCAAUAGUUCUGGCGGUCUCCUUGUGCCAUCUGAGUAUGGGGCCUACUAUUUGAGUGAUUCGAAUGAGGCCCUGGGUAUCAACUCCUCCGCUGCACCACUGUACCUGAACAUGGUCCAGGAGCAAGGUGAAGGUGCAGCUCAGUUUAUGGAUACAAUUCUUAACCCUCCCUAUGGGAGUGGCGAUUUGAGCUGUGAGGAUCUUGGGGAUUCUAGCAUGAAUCUCCUCGCUUCCAUUGGUACUUCUGACAAGAGAAAGCACCUGGAACAAGGCCAACUAGAUGGCCAAGCAAGGCAGGGUCGGAAAUGCGCAAGGAAGUCUGACUCGAAGCGGGCGAAGAAGAAUAUGAAACGGGAAGGCGAGGAUGGCAGCGGUGCUGCCAUGGAUGGGCAAAGCUUGAGUUGCUGCGCAUCUGAAAAUGACUCAAAUUCUUCUCAAGGACCUCCUGUUACCUCUAACCUGAAUGGCAAGGCUCAAGCUGACGGCCGGUCAGCAACUGAGUCCCAAAGCCUCUAUGCAAGGAAAAGAAGAGAGAGGAUCAAUGAGAGGCUGAGGAUAUUGCAGAACCUUGUACCAAAUGGAACCAAAGUAGAUCUCAGCACUAUGCUUGAAGAGGCAGUACAAUAUGUGAAGUUCUUGCAGCUUCAAAUCAAGCUCCUCAGCUCUGAUGAAAUGUGGAUUUAUGCCCCAAUUGCAUACAAUGGGAUGGACAUCGGAAUCGAUCUGAACCUCUCACAGCAUUGAUAAACCGUACACCACUUCUAACAAUCUGAAGUUGCAGAAAGUUUCGCAAAUUCUACUUACAAUAUGAUUCGGCUUUAGACUUUAGAUAAAGGUUUUAUUGCUAGGGUCUGAUCAAUAAGCAAUUAUGGGCUGUCCAACCUUUCGACGUAAAAGAAGGUCGAUCUUCAGUUGUUUUUUUGUAACUAGCCUGCAGUUACUGAAGGAUUGGCUUGUAUGCCCGUAAGGAUAUGGCAAAAAUUGUAGUUACUGUACACCGGGAGAGGCUCUGAAACUUUUAAGACAAGAAA